AUGAACGAUAUUCUAAAUUUUUCUGAUAUCAUUUAUGACGAAAAUGAUGUAAAUACUGAUGAAAAUGAUAUAAAUGACGCUAGCGAUAUUGAUAAUAAACCUGAUAGUUUUGAAAUAAGAAUAGUAAGAUGCGAAAAAGAAGAUGAAUCAGCUCGUAUUGGUUGUGGAUUUCUUAUAAAUGCAGCAUAUCGUAAACGUUCAAAUUUAGUGUUUAUUAACAAAUUUGUUGAUGAACAUAAUCAUGCAUUACAAAGUACAAUUGCUCUCCAAGAAUUUUCACCUAUAUCACGCAAAAUACCAGAUGAUAUCAUGAAAGAAAUACAGUUUUAUGUUCAAGAAUGUCAUCUGGAUGCUACUAUUUUAGAACAAACAAUGCGUGUCACUGGAGGCUUUCAACCUGCAAUAAUUUUCACAGAUGCUGAUCCUACUAUACAAGUUGCAAUUAUUAAAAGAAAGUUAAACAACAAAUGGGAUGAUUUUAUUGAAGAAUUUUAUGCUUUGCGUAAUUCACUUGUUAUAUUAGAUUUUGAGAAUCGUUGGGCUGAACUAAUGAUAAAAUAUUCUGAAUUUAUGGCAAAUAUACAUUCAACUCAACAAGUGGAAAGAAUUGAAUUACGGCUGAAAGAUGAAGCCAAAUAUUUAAGAUUACAAGAAUUCUACAAUAUGAAUCCUAGUCAGAUAGUUGAGGCUCUUUUAUAUAAAACUUGGAUUAAAGAAAUCAGAAAUAUAGUAUUACAGGAUAAGAAUCAGUAUAAUAUAGGAUUUGUGGAAGAUAAUUAUGAGGAGCCACAAAUUCUACUUGAUAUGGCUUUCAAGGAUUGUUCAGAUGGUAUCGUGAAGGAAAUUUGGGAACUUAUUGAAAAUGAGGAACAACCAAAUCAGACCGGAACCUUUUCUAUAAUUAAUACUAUUCGCGAACAAGAUAUUUAUAGUGGUCUUGUUAAAUAUUUGGAUUCAAAAAAAGACCAAUAUAGUCAUGUACAAAUGAAUACGAUGCGAAAUGCAGAUCAACAUAAUGACAUACUUAGCAAAACCAAAAUUACAAAUCCACUUCAACAUAAAGGAAAAGGUAGACCAGCUAAUAAAAGAUAUCUAUCAGCCAUUAAAAACAACCCAAACAGCAAAAAUGUAGAUAUUCAAGAAGACACUUCAAGAAAAAGAAACAAGAGACAAUGCUCUAUUUGUAAAUCAUGGUAUCAUGAUUCAUAA